AUAUCCGACUUCAAGGACCGAUAAUCACCAUAUCUCGCAAAAAUUCCCAAAUGCAAACCGACACAAUGCCCUCCGUCCUCGUUUCCACGCCUCCGGCUGCGCUGAGACUCCACUGGGACGUAUUCUUAAGCUUUCGCGGGGAGGACACGCGCCACACUAUCAUCAAGAAUGUCUAUGAUUCAUUAGCAGAGCAUGGCGUCCGUGUCUUCCGAGACGACGUCGGAAUGAGCCAAGGGGACGAGAUAGCCCCUAGCCUUUUAGAGGCCAUUGAAGACUCGGCUGCUUCAAUAAUCAUGCUUUCUCCGAGGUAUGCUGAUUCCCAUUGGUGUCUUGAGGAGCUCACUACAAUAUGCCAGCUACGGAGGCUGAUACUUCCAGUGUUCUACAAAGUUGAUCCUUCUCAUGUUAGGAAGCAAACGGGUCCUUUUGAAAAUGAUUUCAGGAUUCAUACUGAGAGGUUUGGGGAGGAGAAGGUGGGAAGAUGGAGAGAAGCUAUGAAGAAAGUUGGUGGGAUUUCGGGUUUGCCUUAUAACAUCAGCAAAGAACCGCAGCUGAUUCAACAAUUGGUCAAAAGGGUUUUAACAGAAUUGAGAAGGACAGUGGGUCUAGCUACAUACACAGUUGGACUUGAUUCUCGUGCAGAAGAACUGAUGGACUUGUUAAAUGUUAAAUCCAAUCACAUUAAAGUUCUGGGACUUCAUGGAAUGGGUGGGAUUGGUAAAACAACUCUUUCCAAGGCCCUCUACAAUAAGCUUCUCAAUUACUUUGAAUACCGCUGCUUCAUUCCAAACGUUAGAGAAACUGCUACAGAAGAUGGUGGUUUAGUGUCACUUCAAAAUAAAUUUCUUUCUGCUCUUUCACCUGUUAACAUGUCAUCUGUGCAUGAGCUUGAAGCUGGCGUUUCUAUGAUCAAACGUAUGCUUCAUGAGAAGCGGGUGCUUGCUGUCUUAGACGAUGUGGACAAUGUAAGCCAGCUCAAUGCACUGGCAGGAAACAGAGAGUGGUUCAGUGAAGGAAGUAGAAUCAUUAUUACAACAAGAAACAAAGAUGUUUUGGUUGAACAUCUUGUGAAUGAAGUUUACGAAGUGAGAGAGUUGUAUUCAACUGAAGCUUUACAACUUUUUAGUUAUCAUGCACUAAGAAGAGAGAAACCCACAAACGAUUACCUGAAUCUGGCCAAGAAUAUUGUCUCUCUCACGGGAGGACUACCUUUAGCAUUGGAAGUGUUUGGCUCUUACUUGUUUCAUAAGAGGACAGUGAAGGAAUGGGAAGAUGCCUUGAAAAAGUUGCAACAGAUUCGGCCAAAUAAUCUGCAGGAUGUGCUAAGAAUAAGUUUUGAUGCGCUCGAUGAAGAAGAGAAGUGUAUAUUUCUUGAUAUUGCGUGUUUGUUUGUUAAAAUAGAAAUGAAGAGAGAGGAAGCAAUUGAUAUAUUUAAGGGUUGUGGCUUCAGGGGUGAGACAGCAAUUACUGUUCUCACAGAAAAAUCUCUCAUUAAGCUCAGAGAGGAGUUGGGAGGCCAUAUUUUGUGGAUGCAUGAUCAACUCAGAGAAAUGGGAAAACAGAUUGUUUUACUUGAAAACCUUACUGAUCCUGGUACACAUAGUAGAUUGUGGAAUUAUGAUGAAAUCAUGACAGUUCUCAAGCAUAACAAGGGGACAAGAAAUGUACAAGGGAUCAUCCUUGAAUUGAGAAAGAAGCAGCUUGUGGAGGAUGAUCGAAGUGUCCGCACGAUUUUUCAUAAUAACUUCCUAUCAGCACUAAAUCUAACCUCUGUUUUUGAAUACCUGAAAGAAAAAUUUGCAUAUCUUCCUAAAGAAGAGAAAGAGGGUGAGAUUAUACUCAACACCAAUUCCUUUGAAUCAAUGGUUAAUCUAAGAUUGCUGCAGAUCAAUGGUGUGAAAUUAGAAGGGAAGUUUGAACAUUUUCCUAGGGAGCUCAAGUGGCUGCAGUGGAAGAAGUGUCCUUUCAGAAAUCUUCCUUCUGAUUAUCGACCUUCGCAACUGGCCAUCCUUGAUCUCUCAGAAAGUGGAAUCGAUCGAGUCUGCGGUUGGCGGAGCAACAUGGUGGCUGAGAAGUUGAUGGUUUUGAAUCUCCGCUAUUGCUAUAAUCUUGUUGCUAUUCCUGAUUUAUCAGGAUGUAAGACCUUGGAAAAGCUUGAUCUUGAGAUGUGCAAUCGACUACCUAAAAUUCACAAGUCAGUGGGGAAUUUGAGAACAUUGCUGAAAUUGAACUUGAAAGAUUGCUCAAACCUCAUUGAAUUGCCAAGGGAUGUCUCUGGGCUAAAACAACUUCAAAAACUUGUUCUCUCUGGCUGCAAAAAAUUGAAAGAAUUGCCAGAGGACAUAGGAAGCAUGAAGUCCCUGGAAGAACUUCUUCUUGAUCAAACUGCUAUUUUACAGUUGCCUGAAUCGAUCUACCGCCUUACAAAACUUGAGAAGCUUAGUCUGAAUGGUUGCCAGUUCAUAAAACAGCUACCAAAAUGCUUAGGUAACCUGAAUUCUCUGAAACAACUCUCUCUUAAUGAAACUGCAUUGGAAGAACUUCCUGAUUCUGUUGGAUCUUUGUCAAACCUUGAGACACUAAGCUUGAUGUGGUGUAACUCGCUUUCGUUCCUUCCUGCAUCUAUUGGCAAGCUAGAGUCCUUGACAGAAAUUUUUGUUGAUAGCAGCGCAAUCGAAGAACUACCGAGUUCAAUCGGUUCAUUGUCUUACCUGAAGCAAUUAUCGGCUGGAGGCUGUCGAUUUCUAAGCAAAUUGCCGGAUUCAAUCGGUGGACUAUCUUCCAUUACUGAACUUCAGUUAGAUCGGACGCCGAUUACCAAUCUGCCUGAUCAGAUUGGAGCUUUGAGAUUGACUGAGAAGCUUUACCUGCGGAAAUGUGCAUUGAUUAGAAGUUUACCAGAAGCUCUUGGGAGCAUGUAUGCUCUAACGGUUUUAAACUUGUCUGGUGCUAAUAUUACUGAGUUGCCUGAAUCUAUUGGGAUGUUGGAAAAUCUAAUACAGUUGACUCUGAGAGACUGUAAACAGCUGCAGAAACUUCCAGCUUCAAUAGGAAACUUGAAAUCCUUGCACCGUCUGCUGAUGGAGAGAACUGGCGUAACAGAACUCCCUGAGAGCUUUGGCAUGCUCUCCAACUUAAUGAUAUUGAUAAUGAGAAAGAAACCAUUAAAAUCUCUCAGUGCACAAGAGAAGUUGUUUGAAAUGCCAACUUCCUUUCCAAAUCUUUCCUUGCUAAAAGAACUGGACGCUCGUGCAUGGGGAAUAUCUGGUAAGAUUCCUGAUGAUUUUGAGAAGUUGUCAAAGCUAGAGAUCUUGGAUCUUGGCUACAACAAGUUUGACAGCCUUCCUUCAAGCUUACAGGGCCUUUCUCUUCUCAAAAAUCUAUGCUUGAAACACUGUGAAAAACUCAUCUCUCUCCCUCCAUUGCCUUCAAGUUUAGAAGAACUGGACAUUUCCAACUGUAUUGCAUUGAGAAUUAUAUCUGAUACUUCAAACUUAGAGAGCUUAAAGCAGCUGAACCUAACAAAUUGUGAUGAAGUGUUGGAUAUUCCAGGAUUUGAAUGCAUGAAGUCCUUGGUCAGAUUAUACAUGAGCGGUUGUAGAGCAUGUUCCGUUCCAAUAAAGAGAAAACUUUCAAAGGAUUUUUUGAGGAAUAUACGAUACUUGAGCAUACCUGGAAGCAAAAUUCCGGAUUGGUUUUCUCAAGCUGAAGUUAGCUAUUCGGAGCGAAGAAACUACGAAAUCAAGGCAGUGCUUGUAUGUGCUGUUAUCUCUCUGGAUAAUCAGAUACCAGACGACUUGAGAGAUGAAAUCCCAGUUCUACCAGCCAUUCAAGCAAGGAUGUCUAAACCAAAUAAACCUUUAUGCGUAAGCACAUUAGACUCAAUGGGAGUGCCAAAGACAAAUGCAGAUCAAAUCCAUUUGUGUCGGUAUCCAGAUUGUCAUCCAUUGGUUUUUAGGUUGAAAGAUGGUUUCAAGGUGGAGGUAAUGGCGCCAGAUCCACCGAUCAUUAAAGGGGUUCAAGUGAAGAAAUGUGGCAUUCAUCUGGUUUUUGAAAAUGAUGAUGAUUAUAUUGGAAAUGAAGAACUACUGGAUGAGAGCCAACUAUCUUUGUCUGCAAAACUAGCCAAGUUCUUCCAGUCAAAUGAAGAGGAUGGUCAUGAGGCCUGUUAAAGUUGAAAUUUUAAGUUCAAGCUACCGAGGAAAAGAAUAAAGAAGUUCACUAAGCGACUCUAGUUAUGUUUCUUUCAUUGGAAAUUAAUUUUUUAGUAUUAUGUUACAGUAAAACUCAUUAGUUUCCUUUUUUAAAAUGUAUUCAAAGGUUAAUAUUUUAAAAAGUGUAAUAGUUAAUUUUUUAUUAA